GAUUGGUUGAUAGCAUUUUAAGGUGGUACUUAAGACGAUCUUAAAUAUAAGAACGGAUUAUGAAUACCGGCCUGAGAGACGUAUGGUAGGUGGUUAAAGGUUAAAUAAAAUUUCUUAUAAAUAAAUGUAUCUUUAUUCAGAAAAUUUUCUGCUUGAAAUGGAAAGAAAUAGCACUAGUAGCAGUAAAGAGAAGGAAAAUUGUUCUGAUUGGAGUGUUAGAAACAAGAAAAAUUCUCGACAAAAAUAUCGACAAGAAUGGGCUAGGGUGACACUCUUUUGGACACAGCACGAUUGGACACCAACCAAUCAUCUUGACUUAUCUAACCAAACCAACGGAAAAACUCUAGGCAUCGGCCGCUGUGAAUGGUGGUGUCCAAUCGUGCGGUGUCCAAUCGUACACACCCCAAUGAGCUAUUCAGUUUCCAUGGAUUGAUAAGAACCCAAAUAGCGAGUAUAAAUAUAAUUGUAAAAUAUGCAAACAAAGCUUUGUUGCCUCUAUGAAAGAUGCUAAGCGACAUUCAAUGACGUCGAAGCAUGAAGAUAAUUUAGAGAGAAUUGAAAAAGAAAGUGUUUCUAUCGAUUCUGUCACAGACUUUACAAGAGCUGUGAAAAAAGCGGAAUUGCGUCUUGUAGCUUAUAUUGUUGAACACAAUUUACCAUUUUUAGCUAUUGAACAUCUCCUACAUUUAAUACGAGCAGUGGGAAAUGAUAUAAAUGUAGUGAACGCAAUUAAAAUAGGACAAAAUGCAGCGCAAUUAUAAAGAACGUUUUAGGCAUUUGUUCUUUUAAUUCUCUUGUCGAAGAACUACGAAAUUCUCAGUUCUCUCUAAUGAUCGAUGAAUCUACCGAUACAGGAACAAUAAAACAUCUGGCACUUGUACGCAUUCAGGAAGAAGAUAGUAAAACUGUAGAUAAGUUUUUACAUUUAUUACCUAUAUCAGAUGCAGCAGCAAAAGUCAUGUUUAAUGAGAUAGUAGAUUUUUUUGCAAAAUAUAAUAUUCCAUAUGAGAAAAAUAUGGUAGGUUUUGCAUCAGAUGGUGCAAAUGUAAUGAUGGGACGACAUAAUUCUGUUGUUCAAUUAUUUAAAAACAAACUUCCUAAUCUUUUUGUUUUAAAAUGUUCAUGCAAAUCUUUUGCGUUGUGUGUUUCUUACGCAUGUAAGAAAAUUCCUGAAGAAGUAGAGUUACUUGUACGUCAGUUACAUAAUUAUUUUAAAUUCAGUAGUAAGAAAAUUUCGGAAUAUAAAGAGUUUCAGGAAUUUUGUAAUUUAAAGCCACACAAAUUAUUGCAUCCAUGUCAAACGCGGUGGUUAUCGUUAAUUUCGGUAGUAAAUCUAGUGGAACAGUGGCCAGCAUUAAAACUAUUUUUCAUAAACGAAAUUAAUUCCUCAAAAAAUGAUCAAACUCAACUAAUUUACAAACAAAUAAAUAAUGUUUUUAAUUAUUUAUUCUUAUUAUUUUUGAAAAUGAUUUUACCUUAUUUUACUGAUUUAAACAAAGAAAUGCAAUCUGAAAGGCCAAAAAUUCAUGAGCUGUAUGGGAAGAUUGCAAAUCUGUAUAGGUGUAUCAUGGAAAUAUUUAUUGAUAAAAAUUAUAUUAAGCAAUGUAAUUCGCUCCAAACUGUUCAGUAUAAAAAUCCACACAAUUUUAUUUCCUUACAAAAUUUAGAUUUGAGUAUAGAAAUUGAAAAUUAUAUCGAAAAACAUUCAGAUAUACCACUCGCUGAAAUUGAAAAAUUUAAAUUAAGAUGUGUGGAUUUUUUAAUAAAAAGUCUAGAUCAAGUUUUCCUAAGAUUUUUGUUCGACAGAGUUGAUUUACAGGAAAUGCGUACUUUAAUUCCAAAGAAUAUUAUUUAUUUUUCAAAUUCGAUCAUUCCAUUGGCCAAACAAUUUAGUCAUGUAGUUAGUAAUACGCAACUAUCUGAUUUACAAAAAGAAUGGAGUAUACUUCAAGCUGAAAUUGCUAAUAAUAUGCAGAGUUAUGAAAAAAUAACAGAUUAUGAAAAUUUCUGGAAAAUAAUGUGGACUUUUAAGACAGCAGAUAAGGUUAUACCGCUUUUUCCAUUAUUAAUGAAACUAGUACAUUUUAUUAACGUACUACCUCAUAGCAGUGCCGCAGUAGAAAAGUUGUUUUCUUUUGUAAAUUUAAAUAAAACAAGCAAACGAAAUCGUUUAUCAAUUGAAUCAUUAAUUGGAAUUACUCAUGCAUCUCGAUAUUUCCGAACUUCCUUUUGUUUUAAUUUUGAAAUUGUGGAUGACAUGGUCGAUACAUUAUCAUCGGAUAUAUAUAAGACAAAUACUUCGCUCAAUGAAAGUACAUCAAGUACUUCUCUCACAUAAUCAUUUUGUAAUUUUUGAAACUAUAAUUUAAAAGAUAAUAUCUCGUAUGCAAUACAGCCGAACUUCCGAAGUUCGCAUAAUUAUUGAGUAAGCUCUUCUUAAUUGAAUAAUUAAGGAAAGCUUACAAUUAGUUUUAUAAUGCAAAUUCAAUUUGUUAUGCUAGUAGCAUCAGUUUUCAAGUUUACAUUUUCUAAUAUUGUUCAUGUUGAUUACAUUCUUAUUCCGUUCUUACGUUCAUGGAAGUUGACGAGUGCAAUUACAACAUUUCCGUAUUAAUGUGCAAUUUUAUUUAAGUAUUGAUGUGAUAUAGCAUUAAAUCUGUAAAGCGAAAUGUGAUGGUUCAAUAUUAUUAUGAUAAUUAUAAUAAUAGUAUUAACGUGAUAUUAUAUCUAAUAUUAAGUUAAACAUUAGUAAUCAUAAAAAAUUACGACUGAUUAAGUGAUUACUAAAAUAAUUGUGAUUAAUACAUAUAAGAUGAAAUGUUCUAAUACUACUCAACAUAAAAUAAAUAUAUAUAUAUAUUUAUAUUUUAUAAAAGAAAGAAACAUUUAUUUUAUAUGAAUAUUUACCAAAAAUAAAACAAUGGAUAUAAACAAUUACAUUAGUUCUUCUUAUUGAAUAAAAAUAUAUACUUUUAAAUUAUGAAUUAAAAAUUUAUUAUUGAAUAUACAAUGCUCCCUUCAAUAUAUAAUUUACGCCGUUACUGGACUAGGGACUAAAGUGAAGUUGAGGCAAAGUAAGGUUAAUAUUGUGCAGAGAAAGGUGAAGGGGAUUUCUGGCAUCGCUGCCAGCGAUGCCAGAAACGCGGAGAUCUCCGCGUUUUAGGUUGAUUUGCGGAGUGAUGCGGUGACGCGGAGAUUAUGCGGAGACGAAUGCGCAUCUCCUUUGCGCAUAUAUAGAUAGCAGUUACGUUCAAAGGUUAAAGCCAGGCCCCGUCAAAAACGCAAAACAACAAGCGAAAUAUAUAAAUGAAAGCAACAGAAAGAAAACUGUUUCCCAAACAACUGAAGAACAAUAGCGUAAUUAAGGAAGUUAUUAAUAUAAAAUUUUCAAUAAGUUGUUAUAAAGUUGCAUACGUGGCAUGUAUUGCAAUAUUUUAAGCUAAUUUGAAAACCGCUUUCCGACAACUCAGGAACGCAUUUUAUCAAAUUGAUACGCAAUAAUGCCGGAAACUUGCUAUCUGGAUAUAAAGACCAUUCUCAAUAUCAGAGAUAAAAAAUAGAUCGCAUACAAAGAUAAUUUCGCGCUUCAGAUAAGUGUGCGUAUGCAAUUAUUUAAAUAUUUAAAUCCACUUACAUACAAAUCUUCAAACUUUAAAUAUGCAAAAGUUCUCUGAAUAUAAAGUUAUAUAAUUACAAUAUUAAGAUUUGUUAUUGUAACUUUCUAUUGACUCUUGUUCGUAUUCUUUCAUUUCAGGAAUAUUAC